ACCAGCCCCUCAACAACUGACACUUCAUAUCCUUUUGUUGCUUCCUACCCACCCCUGGUGCAGCCAGACCUGUGAGUACCCCUCAGCUCCCUCCCUCUGAUCCACUGUGCCUCCUCACCUUCUAGGAUGGGGGGUGGGGUGACUUUUUUCCUGUUGUAAUGCCUCUUACCCUCAGAGUCCUAUCUAGAACUUUUCCCUGACCUUUGACUUCCAGGAGAUCCCCACAGCCCUUUGGGGGUUGCCAGCAGGAUUCAAAUGAUGGUAAGGGGGUAAAGGGCUAGAGGGCUGGGGAGAGGGCGUGCAGCCUGCACUGACUCCAUCUUCCUCUCCCUCUCUUUGAAGUCAACAGUGUGGCGAGCUACGAGAACCAGGGUGGGUCUAGGGUCUGGGGCACUGGGUGGGGUGGGGGAGGCUGGGUCUGUCCCAGGUCAUGUUGACUUCUCGUUCCUCACAGAGCCAACCUCUGAGAACGAGGAGGACGAGGAGGACGAGGAGGACUACCCCAAUGAGGGCUACCUAGAAGUGCUUCCUGACAGCACCCCUGCCACCAUUCCCGUCGUCUCCUCUGCUCCUGUGCCCAGCAACCCUGGCCUCCGGGACAGCGCCUUCUCCAUGGAGUCGGGUGAAGACUACGUGAAUGUUCCUGAGAGUGAGGACAGUGCAGAAGCAUCUCUGGAUGGGAGCCGGGAAUAUGUCAAUGUGUCCCAGGAGCUGCAGCCAGUGAGCGGUGCUGAGCAGGCCACUGUGACCUCCCAGGAAGUGGAAGAUGAAGGAGAAGAGGAAGGAGUGGAGGGAGAAGAAGCUCCCGAUUAUGAGAACCUGCAGGAACUUCACUGAGAGCCUGGUGAGCAGGUCUUCUGGCCAGGACCGCUUCCUGGCCACCUCCAGCUGUUAGGCACAUCUGGCUCUGGAUACCUGAGUGGUUUCAUGACUCGGUGACUCUGCCUUUGCUGUCUCCCCUGCCCUGUUGUGUUCCAGCUGCAGCCAUCUGUCCUGGAACUAGCCUUGCUGGGAGGGUGGAACUGGGCAGCUGGGAGUGGCUCUAAAGGAAUCCCGUUUGACCUCUGCCUUGUCAACAACCUGAGAAUCUCUCCUAAUUUAUUGUUACUUUGGGGUCCAGUCUAUGUCCCCAGUAUUCUACACCUUUGAUGAAGCCUGAGAAUGAAUCUUGUUCCUGCCUGACUUUGUCAUGGAAUAAAGGCCCCU